AGUGGCACAGAGCACAGAGACAGCUAUCGUGUCUGAAAAUCAGACUAUCUAUCGUUUUAAAAUACAAAUAGUAAUCGCUCUAUUUUAUCAGUACUUAUCAUUCAUACAAAUUAAGGAAAUUUCUUACAAUUAAUGAAUUCACAACACGAAUCACGCUAUUGUAAUUAACAGGAAAUUCCAAACAUUUUCCAGUUCCAGUUACAAAGUAAAAAAAAUCCCGAGUAUGGACUUGACAGUGGAUGAGUUUAUAGAAGGUUUGUUUAGCGAUGAAGCUCACGAAAGGUCAUCUGAUAAUAUCUCACCGGAGGAUUUCGAGUUCAAACUGCCUGAAUGGUUUGAUGAGAAAAAAUAUAAGCAGGGGCAGAGAUUUUAUCGGGACUAUUCAUUUAUGUUAUCAUUGUCUUUAAUGCCUGGCUUAGUUAGUGUAUUCGCUAUUCCAUCCAUUUUGAAAGUCCUCUGCGGAAGCCGACGUUCCAACUCGAGGUUUACCGCUUACAGGCGAUACAUUUCAACAUUUUCGCAUAUAUUCACGUGGUAUACUAAAGAGCUGAAGCCGGGAUCCUUGUCGUGGAAAUCCUUACAAACUGUAAGAAUCAGACAUUUUCGUGCUAGUCGUGCAGCAAAGAUGAAAGGACAAGGUAUUGUGUCACAGAGGGAUAUGGCUUUGACUUUGUUUGGGUUUAUUGGCUUCGUCAUAUUGAAGCCAGAUAUAUUUACUGUGACGCAAUUAGAAGUAGGAGAUUGGGAAGCUUUCAAUCAUAUGUUAGGAGUUAUCGCGCAUAUGAUAGGUUUGGAAGAUAGGUAUAAUAUUUGCCGAGCGACGGUUCAAGAGACUAGGGAAGUCUGUAAGCAAAUAUUGGAUCGCGUUUUCACACCUUGUUUGGACAAUGUGCCAGAAUAUUUUGAACACAUGUCGCGUGUAAUGAUCGAAGGUUUGAACGCUUCUCUCACUCCCUUAGAAUCCAAUUCAUUGAUAUACAAGGCCAAGUAUCUAGCCAAUGUCCCUGGGUACAUCACUACCGAGGAAGAGAGGAUCGCUUUACAAGAGAGGAUCAAAAAGUGUUUGAGGGGAAGAUCACUCGAUGAAGGUGUUGAUUCCAGCAUGUUAAUAGAAAAGUCAGCUAUAGAUGGUCUUACGAAGAACACGAAGAGGAUCCUGUAUUACCACGAUUACGAUACUUUGGAGUCAGCGCCAACAUACAAAAGCUUACCUUUUGUCGCCAAAUGGAAGCUUACUUUACUUGACAUUCUAAGGGAGAUCCACUCUUUAUAUAUAGGGCGCAUUUUUCUUAACUUUUACAUUAAGUGCUUAUUAUUCCUCGCUUUUUAUUUCCCGUAUAUCGCUAUAUGGAGAUAUGGAAUGCAGUAUUACGUGGACAUGUUCAAAGACAGCCCCGUCGAUGAUACAGAAUUGAUCCCAAAUUCUGAAUAUAAUAAGCCCCAGCCUCCAGAGCCCUGGUACAAAGUACUAUACGGCAUUUUCUGGUAGCGGUAUAAGUUCAAAGUACCUUCAUAUAAGUUUUAAAAAUCACUUUAUUCUCUUAGUAUAAUUAAUAAUAAUUUCGGGUAUAAAUGGAUGUAUAUAAUAUAUAUAUGUUUUAAUAAUACAAUAAGCGAAUUUGUUUAAUAAAGAAUAAGAAGAUUAUGAUUAUUUUAUUAUAAGUUUAAAGUUUAUGGAAUAUUACAUUUUUUAAUACAAUAAAGAAUACUUGACGAGAAAA